AUAAAGAACUUAAAUGAAUUUUCUAAUGAUUUUCAAGAUAUUAAUAAUGAAGAAAUAGUACUAUUUAAUAAAAGGAAGGAUGAUUUAAUAAUUGAUAAUAUGUUGAAAUUAGAUGUAUUUAUUGAAAAUUUAGAUGAAAUUAUUGAAGAUAAUAUAGAAGAAGAAGUAUAUAAUAAAUCAAAUAAUUAG